AUGGCACAGAGAUAUCUGGCCGCCUCAAUUAGAGCUGAGAAGGUUCAUUCAGAAGGGAAAUACGUUAUUGAUAUCGAUAAGAACAUAUAUGUAACAAAGCUCACACCAUCAACUAGAGUUGCCCUUUGUAAUGACAGCUAUGUGCUUCACUUGGUAUUGCCUAGUAAAGUAGAUCCUUUGGUAAACCUAAUGAAAGUUGAAAAGAUUCUAGAUUCUACAUAUGACAUGAUUGGUGGUCUUGACCAACAAAUCAAAGAGAUAAAGGAGGGAGUUUUGCUGUAUGGGCCACCUGGUACAGGGAAAAUACUGUUAGCUAGAGCAGUGGUUCAUCAUACUGAUUGCACCUUUAUAAGGGUUUCUGGCUCUGAGUUGGUUUAG